AGGACGACAUGGCACACGGCCAGGGCAGAUUCGUCCAUUCCAGCGGCGACAUCUACGAGGGCGACUGGCAUGCCGACAAGGCGCACGGAGUCGGCAAGUACAUCCAUACCGACGGCUCCACGUACGAAGGCCAGUGGCACCACGACAGGCAGUGCGGCCAGGGCGUGGAGCGGUGGGCGGACGGGGCUCGCUACGAGGGCGGCUACGUCGACGGCAAGAAGCACGGCAGGGGGCGCUUCGACUGGGUGGACGGCUCGUCCUACCACGGGGAGUUCGUGGACAAUGAGAUCCACGGGGAGGGCAUCUACAAAUGGGCUGACGAACGAACAUACGAGGGGCAGUGGGCGAACAACCAGAUGCAGGGCAGAGGCCUCUUCAGGUGGCCGGACGGCAGGCAGUACCAGGGCGAGUACUUGCAGGACAUGAAGCACGGCCGCGGCACCUACAAGUGGCCAGAUGGACGAGAAUACACUGGCCAGUGGCAGGACCCCCGAAGGGCGGCAGCACGGCGAGGGCGUGCAGAUGUCGAAGGACCUUGGGUCUCCCGCCGCGGCGCCUGGGCCGCAGGCAAGCGGACGCACUGGCUGGACUGCGCCGGCCCGUGUUACCUUGGUCUUAGAGUGUGAUGGUCUUGGGGAUUGCCAGGAUCUUUUCCUAUGGACAGGCGCCACAGUGUUCAUAAGACGUGUGCACCAUGAGACCGUCCUGUCUGAACCGCCGCGACUCCUUGUAGGAGUGAUGCUUGCCAGAUGCAGCGUCGGCGCGCUGACGCAUUCUUUGCUGGGGUCGUCGGACUCCUCCUGAGCUUGAAGCUCGGGGGGAGAGGGAGACGAACCGCGUUGCAUGCUAUAGUCGCAACUGAGAUCCGUAAGCCACGGCAUAUCGCCCGCUUUUUCCUGGAAUGAUGGCCUAUCUCGCCGCGGUCUCGCGAAUUAUGUAGGCUUUCUGGAGUUGCCCUUGUAUGCAUGUUUGACUCGCAUCAUGAAAAUGACUAGAUGUAGCAUGCUUGUGUCCUGCCAGCGUAAGCGUUGACUUCGAAUUCAAGCAGCUGCUUCGCCGCCUGGAGCCAGAGCGCCUCUGCUUAGAAGCGCCGUGGCGGAAUGCUUCAUCGUUGCCAGUAGCCUGGGCUGCCACAUGGGGCGGGAUAUUUAGGCAACUCGUGGUGGCCUCGCUGACUGAUCGGUGGAGUUCACAGUGCUCGAAACAU